AUGAGCACCGACGGUGAAAUGGCCAUCUUCGGCCCAGCGGCUCAUUUCCUCCGAAAGUCGGAGAAGGAGCGAACAGAGGCUCAGUCUCGUCCGUUUGACAGCAAGACGGCGUGUUUCGUCCACGAUGACAAGGAGCUUUACGCCAAAGCCGAAAUCCAAGACAAGGAGGGCGGGAAAGUGACGGUGAAGACGCUGGAUGACAGAACUCUGACUGUCAGAGAGGACCAGGUCUUUCCCAUGAACCCGCCCAAGUUUGACAAGAUUGAGGACAUGGUGAUGAUGACACACCUGCAUGAGCCAGCGGUGCUCUUCAACCUGAAGGAGCGCUACCGUGCCUGGAUGAUCUAUACCUACUCCGGUCUCUUCUGCGUGACAGUGAAUCCAUACAAAUGGCUGCCGGUCUACAACCCAGAGGUGGUCCAGGCCUACAGGGGCAAGAAGAGGAUGGAGGUCCCGCCUCACAUCUUUGCUCUGUCAGACAACGCCUACCAGUUCAUGCUCACAGAUCGUGAGAAUCAGUCAAUUCUCAUCACUGGAGAAUCAGGGGCAGGAAAGACCGUCAACACCAAACGAGUCAUACAGUACUUUGCUACAAUAGCGGUUUCAGCUGACAAGAAGAAGGAGAGCGUCAACAAGAUGAAGGGAACUCUCGAGGACCAGAUCAUCCAGGCGAACCCUCUGCUGGAGGCUUUUGGGAACGCUAAGACCGUGAGAAACGACAAUUCGUCUCGCUUUGGUAAAUUUAUCCGCAUACAUUUCGGAGCGACGGGAAAACUGGCAUCUGCUGAUAUUGAAACAUACCUGCUGGAGAAGUCCAGAGUGUCCUUCCAACUGGCCGCAGAGAGAAGUUACCACAUCUUCUACCAGCUGACAUGCAACAGGAAGCCAGAGCUGAACGAUCUACUGCUGAUCAGCACCAACCCUUACGACUACGCCUUCAUCAGUCAAGGAGAAAUCAGCGUCAAAAGUAUAAACGAUGCAGACGAGUUGAUGGCAACCGAUGAGGCGUUCGAUAUUCUUGGGUUCUCUGCCGAUGAGAAAAUGUCCAUCUACAAGCUGACAGGCGCUGUGAUGCAUUAUGGGAAUAUGAAGUUCAAGCAGAAGCAGCGUGAGGAACAGGCAGAGCCCGAUGGGACUGAAGAGGCGGACAAAGCAGCGUAUCUGAUGGGGCUGAAUUCUGCGGAUCUGCUGAAAAACCUCUGCUAUCCACGAGUGAAGGUGGGGAACGAGUAUGUGACGAAAGGACAGAAUGUGCAGCAGGUUUACAACUCUAUAGGUGCCCUCGCUAAGUCUGUCUACGAGAAGAUGUUCUUUUGGAUGGUGAUGCGGAUCAACCAGCAGCUCGACACCAAACAGUCAAGACAGCACUUCAUCGGUGUUCUGGACAUUGCCGGCUUUGAAAUUUUUGACUACAACAGCAUGGAGCAGCUGUGCAUCAACUUCACCAACGAGAAGCUUCAACAGUUCUUCAACCACCACAUGUUCGUGCUGGAGCAAGAGGAGUACAAGAAGGAGGGCAUCGACUGGGAGUUCAUCGACUUCGGCAUGGACCUGGCCGCUUGUAUCGAGCUCAUCGAGAAGCCAAUGGGCAUCUUCUCCAUCCUGGAGGAAGAAUGCAUGUUUCCGAAAUCCACUGACGUUUCCUUUAAGAACAAACUCUACGACCAACAUCUUGGCAAGAAUGGCUGCUUCCUGAAGCCCAAGGUGGUGAAGGGGAAGCCCGAGGCUCACUUCACUCUGGUGCACUACGCCGGCACUGUGGACUACAACAUCAGUGGGUGGCUGGAGAAGAACAAAGACCCCUUGAACGAGUCUGUGGUUCAACUCUACCAGAAGUCUUCCGUGAAAACCUUGUCCAUGUUUUAUGCCAGCUACUCAGGGGCAAAUGAUCCAGCCGCUGGUGGUGCCAAAAAGGGAUCAAAGAAGAAAGGAGCAUCUUUUCAAACUGUGUCAGCUCUAUUCAGGGAGAACCUUGGCAAGCUCAUGACCAAUCUCAGAACAACUCAUCCCCACUUUGUCCGUUGCCUCAUUCCAAAUGAGACCAAAACACCAGGUGAAAUGGAAAACCAGCUGGUUAUCCACCAACUGCGCUGCAAUGGCGUCCUGGAGGGCAUCAGGAUCUGCAGGAAGGGGUUCCCAAGUAGGAUCCUCUAUGGAGACUUCAAGCAAAGGUACAGGAUACUCAACGCCAGCGCUGUUCCAGAAGGUCAGUUCAUGGAUAACAAGAAGGCAGCUGAGAAGCUUCUGGGAUCCAUCGACGUGGACCACGCCCAGUACAAGUUUGGACACACAAAGGUGUUCUUUAAAGCUGGACUGCUCGGCGCUCUGGAGGAGAUGCGAGAUGAACGCUUAGCUCAGGUGGUGAUGUCGACUCAGGCUCUGUGUCGGGGAUUCUUGAUCCGACUGGAGUAUCAGAAGAUGGUGGCCAGGAAAGAAGCCAUCUACACCAUCCAGUACAACUUCCGUUCCUUCAUGAACGUCAAACAUUGGCCCUGGAUGAAGCUCUACUUUAAGCUCAAACCUCUCCUGAAGAGCGCAGAAGCUGAGAAGGAAAUGGCCCAGAUGAAAGUGGACUUCACAAAGCUCAAAGAAGACCUGGCUAAAUCUGAAAACAGGCGCCGAGAACUAGAGGAGAAGAUGGUUUCUGUUGUCCAAGAGAAGAAUGACCUUCUCCUGCAGGUCCAAACUGAAGCAGACAACCUGUUAGAUGCAGAAGAGCGUUGUGAAGGUCUGAUCAAAAGCAAGAUCCAACUGGAGGCCAAGCUGAAGGAAGUGACAGAGAGAUUGGAGGAUGAGGAAGAGGUGAACUCAGAGCUGACAGCCAAGAAGCGGAAGCUAGAAGAUGAGUGCUCUGAGCUCAAGAGGGACAUCGAUGACUUGGAGCUCACGCUGGCCAAAGUUGAGAAGGAGAAACAUGCCGUAGAGAACAAGGUGAAGAACCUGACAGAAGAAAUCAUGAGUCAAGAUGAGAGCAUCAGUAAACUCUCCAAGGAGAAGAAAGCACUUCAGGAAGCUCACCAGCAAACCCUGGAUGACCUGCAAUCGGAGGAGGACAAAAUCAACGCUCUAACUAAAGCCAAAACCAAGUUGGAGCAGCAGGUGGACGAGCUUGAAGGUUCUCUGGAACAAGAGAAGAAGGUCAGAAUGGAUCUGGAACGGGCCAAGAGGAAGCUGGAGGGUGAUCUCAAGCUGGCCCAUGAGUCCAUCAUGGAUUUGGAGAAUGAGAAGCAGCAGCAAGAUGAAAAGCUUAAAAAAAAAGACUUUGAGUUGUCGCAGCUGCAGUCGAAGCUGGAAGAUGAACAGGCACUUGCUUCUCAGCUCCAGAAGAAAAUCAAAGAGCUCCAGGCAAGAAUCGAAGAGCUGGAGGAAGAAAUAGAAUCUGAGCGUUCGUCCAGAGCCAAAGUGGAGAAGCAAAGGUCGGAUCUGUCGCGGGAGCUGGAGGAGAUCAGCGAGCGCCUGGAGGAGGCCGGAGGUGCCACAGCCGCUCAGGUGGAAAUGAACAAAAAACGCGAGGUGGAGUUUCUGAAACUUCGCAGAGAGCUGGAGGAGUACUCGCUGCAGCACGACGCCACUUCCGCCGCUUUACGAAAGAAGCACGCCGACAGUGUGGCAGAGCUGGGCGAACAGCUGGACAACGUCCAGAGGGUUCGACAGAAGCUGGAGAAGGAGAAGAGCGAGCUGAAGCUAGAGAUGGAUGAUCUGUCCAGCAAUGUGGAGUCCAUGGCCAAGGCAAAGAUCAAUCUGGAGAAAAUGUGUCGCACUUUGGAGGAUCAGCUGAACGAGAUCAAAACCAAAGAAGAAGAAAACAUGAGGCUCAUUAACGACCUCUCCACCCAGAAGGCUCGGCUGCAGACAGAGAACACUGAAAUUUCCCGCCAGCUUGAGGAGAAAGAGUCCCUUUUGUCACAGCUCACUCGUGGAAAACAGGUUUUCAUUCAGCAGACCGAUGAGCUGAAGAGACUUCUGGAGGAGGAGGUGAAGGCAAAGAACGCUCUGGCUCACAGCCUGCAGUCAGCGCGACACGACUGUGAGCUACUCAGAGAGCAGUACGAGGAGGAACAGGAGGCCAAAGCUGAGCUCCAUCGCUGUUUGUCCAAGGCCAACAGCGACGUGGCCCAGUGGAGAACCAAAUAUGAGACAGAUGCCAUACAGCGCACCGAAGAGCUUGAGGAGGCCAAGAAGAAGCUGGCCGUACGUCUGCAGGAUGCAGAAGAAGCUGUGGAGGCCGUUAACUCCAAGUGUUCCUCUUUAGAGAAGACCAAGCAGCGUCUGCAGGGAGAAGUGGACGACCUGAUGAUGGACAUCGAAAGGUCCAAUGCUGCUGCUGCCAUUCUGGACAAGAAGCAGAGGAACUUUGACAAGGUUUUGGCAGAGUGGAAGCAGAAAUAUGAGGAAGGCCAGGCUGAACUGGAGUCCGCUCUGAAAGAAGUCAGGACCCUGGGCACUGAGAACUUCAAGAUGAAGAACGCUUUUGAGGAAUCUCUGGAGCAAGUAGAGACGCUUAAACGGGAAAAUAAAAACCUCCAGCAGGAGAUCAUGGAUGUGACUGAGCAGUUGGGGGAAACCGGCAAGACCAUCCAUGAGCUGGAGAAAUCUAAGAAGCACGCGGAGCAGGAAAAGUCAGAAGCCCAGAGUUCUCUGGAGGAGGCAGAGGCAUCCUUGGAACACGAGGAGACCAAGAUCCUGCGGGUUCAGCUGGAGCUAAACCAGGUGAAAUCCGAGGUGGACAAAAAGAUAGCAGAGAAGGACGAGGAGAUCGAGCAGUUGAAGAGAAGCAGCCAGAGAGUCAUCGACACAAUGCAAACCAACUUGGACGCCGAGGUCCGCAGCCGUAAUGACGCGCUGAGGGUGAAGAAGAAGAUGGAGGGAGACCUGAACGAGAUGGAAAUCCAACUGAGCCACGCCAACCGGCAGGCCGCCGAGGCCCAGAAGCAGCUGAGGAACAUUCAAGUUCAGCUGAAGGACGUGCAGAUCCACCUGGACGACGUCCUGAGAAACAACGACGACAUGAAAGAGCAGGUGGCCAUCGCAGAGCGCCGCAGCAACCUGCUGCAGGCCGAGAUGGAGGAAAUCAGAGCGGCCCUGGAUCAAACUGAGAGAAGCCGCAAGCUGGCGGAGCAGGAGCUGCUGGACGCCUGUGAGAGAGUCCAGCUCCUCCACUCACAGAACACUAGCCUGCUCAACAGCCGUAAAAAGCUGGAAGCAGAUUUGUCCCAGAUUCAAGGAGAGAUGGAUGAAAGUUUGCAAGCGUCCCGGAAUGCAGAGGAAAAAGCCAAAAAGGCCAUCACUGAUGCGGCCAUGAUGGCUGAGGAGUUAAAGAAGGAGCAGGACACCAGCGCUCACCUGGAGAGGAUGAAGAAGAACCUGGAGAUAACCGUGAAGGACCUGCAGCACCGUCUGGACGAGGCUGAGCAGCUGGCCAUGAAAGGAGGGAAGAAGCAAAUGCAGAAACUGGAAGCCAGAGUUCGGGAGCUGGAGAAUGAGCUGGAGGCGGAACAAAGACAUGGCUCAGACAGCGUGAAAGGUGUUCGCAAAUUGGAACGCAAGAUGAAGGAGCUCACCUAUCAGUCUGAGGAGGACAAGAAGAACAUGAUGCGGCUGCAGGAGCUGGUGGACAAACUGCAGCUGAAAGUCAAAGCCUACAAGCGACAAGCUGAAGAAGCUGAAGAGCAAGCAAACGUCCACAUGACCAAACUGAGGAAGGUUCAGCACGAGCUGGAGGAGGCGGAGGAGCGAGCCGACAUUGCUGAGUCACAGGUCAACAAGAUGAAGGUCAAGAGUCGGGACCUGGGGAAGAAUAAAGAAAGCGGCGAGUAGCGGCUCCUUGGAGGAGGUGACCACCGUAGAAUGCAACAUACUCUUAACCAGUCAUGUAAUCCUGCUUUUAAAGAACAAGUACUUCCUGGUGUCGGAAACCUUAAGUGGUUAUAGGUGCAACCUGGUAUUACAGUCUGGGAGCCUUUAAAUUGGCACACAGAA